AUAUUUCCUGACAUAAUUUCUCCAAAGAGGAGAUCCUCCAUUGGUCGAAAAAUUAUCAUAAUCUCAAUUGGCUGUGUGAAAGAGCAACACCGGCUCCAAAAAACAGCACUGUCAGUAAAAUUAAUGAGCAGCUUCUGCAGUACCUUCCUGGAAGUCCUCAACUCUAUAAGUUAGUUGAUACAGUCCCAAAUUCAGAAGAGAUGAUAAAUUACCUAACAGAAUUUCUCAAUUCAUUGAAGCUUCCAGGACUACCUCCCCACAGAUUGGAACUUAAAGUGGGAACUCCAGUAAUGUUAUUGAGGAAUUUUAUUCCACCAACACUCUGCAAUGGGACACACCUGGUGGUAAAGAAGAUGAUGCUACAUGUUAUUGAGGCCACCAUUCUCUCUAGAUGUGCAAAAGGAGAGGGUGUUUUCAUACCAAUAAUUCCUCUCAUUCCAUUGGGAGCAGAAAUUCCUUUUUCAUUCAAAAUAGUACAAUUUCCUAUUUGUAUCAGCUUUGCAAUGUCUAUCAAUAAGUCCCAGGGUCAAACAGUGUCAGUGGUAGGACUUCACUUAAUGCUUCUCACAUGAGCAGUUAUAUGUUGGCUGUCCUAGAGUGGGAAGCCAAAAAGAUCUAUUUGCAUUUGUUUCAUAAGGGAAAACAAAGAAGGUUUUGUAGGAAUUACUACAUCCUAUGAUGCACUCCAGUAUCCACUGUUCCUUGUGAAUGGUGAAGAUGGAUACAAUUUCGGUAUAAUACUAACAAACCCAAAGACUGCACCAACAAAGCUCUUUCCUGCAUGGACCUCAGCAUCAAAGCCGAUUCUCCAAUGACUCCCACCAACCAUGUGGAUAUUGCAGAGGACCCCAAAUUCUUUUUAGACUCAGCAAGUGCUGAAGAUUUUGCACAAGGCAGUUUAGGAAACUGUUGGUUUGUUGCAGCUUGUGCUUCUGUAGCUGAGCACCCUGAUCUAUGGAAAAAGGUUGUUCCAGAUUAUGAAGAACAGGAAUGGAGUCCUAAGAAUAAAUAUGCAGGAAUUUUCCACUUCAAAUUCUGGCAGAUGGGUGACUGGGUUGAUGUUGUUGUUGAUGAUCUUUUACCAACAAUUAAUGGAAAACUUAUUUUCGCUCAUUCAACUUCAAAGAAUGAAUUUUGGAGUGCUUUACUUGAGAAAGCAUAUGCAAAGUUGUUUGGAUCUUAUGAAGCACUAACAGGAGGGAAAUCCCGUGAUGCUAUGGUUGAUAUGACUGGAGGUGUGGGAGAAAGUGUGAGAUUAAGUGAAUACAGAAGUCAAGAGAAGAAAGCAGAACUAUUUAAAUCUUUGCUCUAUGCCUACGAGAACAAGGCUUUGAUGAGUGCAUCAAUAAUGGCAGUGACACAAAGAGAAAGGGAGGCUGAAAAUGAAGAAGGUCUUGUUAAGGGGCAUGCCUAUAGCAUCACUGCUGUUAAAAAACUGAUGAUUGGGACAUCUCUUUUAGCUUAUUUCAAACGUGAAAAAGUCUACAUGGUUCGAUGUCGAAAUCCUUGGGGUGGAGUUGAAUGGAAAGGUGCAUGGAGCGAUGGGUCACCUGAAUGGCAAAAUGUCAGUGAAAGUACAAAGAAAGAACUUGGAUUAACUUUGGAUCACAAUGAUGGAGAAUUCUGGAUGGCGUUUGAUGAUUUUUGUCAAUUCUAUACUGACAUUGAUAUUUGUCAUAUUGUGAACACCAAGAGGUUGACCUUCAAAAUGUCAUGGAAAGAAUUUAAGUAUAAAGGAGAAUGGAAACCACCUAACAGAUGGGGAGGAUGUGGAAAUAAUGAAAAUUUCUUAGACAAUCCUCAGUAUCUAUUCCGUAUACAUAAUACCCAAGAAUUACUACUGUCUUUGGAACAAUCGGAAAAACGGUCAAGUAAGAAGAAAGGUAAAGAAAAUGAUGUGAUUGGCUUCACAGUUUUUCGGGCUGGCAUCAAUCAGAAAUAUAGAAUUCACAACAAACUCUACGAUAGAAUCCAUUCUGGCCCCUUUUCUAAUGCUCGAGGAGUAUUUGCAAGAGUUGCUUUUAAAAAAGGGGUUUACUGUGUCAUCCCAUCGACUUUUGAAUCGAAAAUACGUGGUGAAUUCAUAUUACGUAUUUAUGCUACUUCAAACAUAAACUUGAGAGAACUUAUAAAAGAGGGUCCUAAAGCUAAGCGCUUCUUCAGAGCACCCUAUUUAGCAGCUACAGCAGUCAAUAUUUUUCGUGGAGAACAGCUUUUUUCUGACACCAGUCAACAUAAAGUAUAUUGUAUAAUACGGUGUGAGAAAAAGAAGCAGAAAAUUCCCAGCUUUAAGGGAAUUGAAGAAUUCAAUUGGAAUACUCGAGCAACAUUCUUUAGACAGAAGCCUGAAGAAGAUGUUAAAGUUGAGGUUUGGGAAAAACGGUUUUUCGGUGACAAAUGUCUUGGGUAUGUGACACUACCAAUGGCCCGAGCAAAUUGGUCAAAAUAUCAAAGCAUGAACACAUCAACUCGUUAUGUAGUACAAAGCAAGGAUGAAAAAUCUGCAGAUUAUGACAGGAAUCCACAGUAUUUAUGGAUUAUUGUCCAACAAUCAGAAGCCCUUCAUACACUUUGAGGCACAUGUCUUCAUAUUUAAUUUUAUAUUUACAAUAUUUGUUCUCUACAAAUGGUGGUACCCUGCUAGAAAUCUUUUUUUUGAUUUUUGUUUUAUUUUUUCACAACCCUUGACAUCACACUGAGCUAAUCCUCACUCUUAAGAAAGCAAAAAUGAAAUAAAAAAGAUAGAAAAUUAAGAAACCCAUUACAUUGUAAUGGGUUUAUUAAAUUGUUUUUAAGAACAUUUCAAAAAUGGAUAAAACACUUCAAGAACACUUCAAAAAAAGGAUAAAAAGAAGAUAAAUAUAUUAACAUACACACACUAUUUUAUUAAAGCUAAAUAAACUUCACAUACUGUUACUCAGAGUUUCAUGUGAUUUUUCAUCAGACUGUUGUGAUAAUCCAGACAAGUGAAGAUAUUUUAUAAACAAUGGGUAUCUAUAAAAGUUUAUAGAUACCAAUUCAAUUAAUACACAUUAACAACUGAUUUUAAAAAACAAGUGUAAAUUGGGAUGCAAGUGAGAGUUGACUGGAGAAGAGUAAUAUAUAUAUAAACAAUAGUUGAACUGAAAAUCUUUGUGUAGGAGAGGUCUGCUGUAAAUGCUGGAGAAAACGUGAGCAGACUAACAAACUAUGUCAAGAAUAAGAAAUGGCAAGUACUUAGAAAGGAUAGAAGUAAACCAAAAAUUGAAAUUAAAUUUAAAGAUUAAAAACUAAAGUAAAUAAGUAAAAAUGUACGAAUAAUUAAUAGAGAAGAGAAGGAAACUGAAAAGGAAGUUGGGACAUAGAGAAGAAAAGGAUAAAGAAAGAAGAGCAGGAAAGAAAAGUGAGUGAUUAACUGAAGGUGAUAGAAGGGGAGGAGGGGUGAAUGUUACUUGCAUAGCAAUACACCAAUUUGUUUUUUGGAUGUACCUGAUGAAUGUGUCACACUUAAGACAAGAAAAUUGUUGAAAGAAAUUUUGUUGCUUAAAUAAAAAUUUUUCACUAAA